UGAAACAGAUGGUGUAAAUUGAACCUGCAUAAAAACCCAAGCUUUGGGUACUGCUCACCUCCUCCCUAGAGAGAGAGAGAGAGAGUGAGAAGAAAUGUCUCCUGCUUUGCCUUCUGUUUUCUCUUUCUUCUUCUUCUUCUUCUUCUUCAUCUCCUCUGGCAUAUAAUGAAUCCAGACCCAAACCUCUUCUUCUCAGAAGAAGAUGGCUCAACCACGAUCCCAACCCCAACCUCAAAACCAUCCCUUUCUUUUGGACUCUUUGUACUGCCAAGAAGACCACUGGGAGGCCGAGGAUGAGAGAGUCGACGUCUUUGGACAACAAGAACAAGAAGAAGCAGAGGAGAAUCAGAAUCUCAUCCCUAAGCCUCCACUGUUACUGGAACAGGACCUCGUUUGGGAAGACGAGGAGCUCGCCUCUCUGCUCUCUAAACAGCAAGAAACCCACCUCUACAAUGCCCUCCAGAACGACCCGUCUCUCGCCAGUGCUAGAAGAGAAGCCGUGGAUUGGAUGCUCAAGGUCAAUGCCCACUACUCUUUCUCCGCCCUCACGGCGGUCCUCGCCGUCAACUACCUCGACAGGUUCCUCUUCGGCUUCCAGUUCCGGCCGGAGAAUCCGUGGAUGACCCAGCUUGCGGCCGUGGCCUGCCUCUCUCUGGCCGCCAAAGUGGAGGAGACCCAUGUGCCUCUGCUCUUAGAUUUCCAAGUAGAGGAGAGCCGAUAUGUGUUUGAAGCCAAAGCGAUUCAGAGAAUGGAGGUUUUGGUGCUGUCCACUCUUCAAUGGAGGAUGAAUCCCGUGACCCCGUUAUCAUUUCUUGAUCACAUAGCAAGGAGGCUAGGCUUGAAGAACCAUUUAUGCUGGGAAUUUCUCAAGCGAUGCGAGUGCCUUUUUGUGUCCAUCAUCUCUGAUUGUAUGUUUACGGGUUAUCUUCCCUCUGUAUUGGCCGCCGCCACAAUGCUGCAUGUUGUCAAUAGCGUGGAGCCCUGUCUCGCCGGGGAGUACCAAAACCAGCUCUUGGCCAUUCUUGGAAUCGACACGGACAAAUUGGAGGAUUGCUAUAAGCGAAUCCACGAAUCAUCUCUGGGCCACCAAUCCCACAAACGGAAACUCGUCGGAUCGGUGCCCGGCAGCCCAAACGGAGUCAUGGAAGCUUGUUUCAGCUCCGAUAGUUCAAAUGACUCGUGGGCAGUGACGGCGUCAGUCUCUUCCUCGCCGGAGCCGCUGUUGAAGAAGAGUAGGUCUCAGGAGCAGUAUUGCCAUGCGGCUGAAGAUAUUCUGAGCUGAAAAGCCCUUCAAUUUGGUUCUAUUUCCUUACGGACAAGUCUAGUCUAAUGUUAAAUAACACUUCCAUUACCAUAUAUGUUCUUUUUCAAGUGCAUGUUAAAUUGCCCCCCAUCUCUGCGUUUGAAUCCAAAACCCAGAUCACAGUUCACGGAUUUAGCCAAAUGCUCGCCAUUUUCAUCAGCUGAUCGAUGGGUGGGGAUCGGAUUGGAGUUUGGAUGUAGAGAUGGAUGGCAUUUUAUCCGGAGAAAGUAAAGAAAGAACGUGGAAACGGGGAUACUGGUAUUUCAGCCUUAUAUAUAUGUGAACAUAAUUUUGUGUUCUUAAAUAAAUUAUCGCCUUCAAUUCA